CGGGGCUAUGGAGAGGAGGAGGAAGAUGGCGGGAGGGCGGCUCUGAGGGGACCUCGGCGGCGGCGGAGGAGGAGAGAAGCGCAGCGCCGCGCCGCGCCGGGGCCCAUGUGGGGAGGAGUCGGAGUCACUGUUGCCGCCGCCGCCGCCGCCGCCGCCUGUAACUGCUGGACCCGAGAAGGAGUGAAAGGGAGACGGCAGGAUGAAGUUCGCCGAGCACCUCUCCGCGCACAUCACUCCCGAGUGGAGGAAGCAAUAUAUCCAGUAUGAGGCUUUUAAGGAUAUGCUGUAUUCAGCUCAGGACCAGGCACCUUCUGUGGAAGUUACAGAUGAGGACACAGUAAAGAGGUAUUUUGCCAAGUUUGAAGAAAAGUUUUUCCAAACCUGUGAAAAAGAACUUGCCAAAAUCAACACAUUUUAUUCAGAAAAGCUCGCAGAGGCUCAGCGCAGGUUUGCUACCCUUCAGAAUGAGCUUCAAUCAUCACUGGAUGCACAGAAAGAAAGCACUGGUGUUACCACGCUGCGACAACGCAGAAAGCCAGUCUUCCACCUGUCCCAUGAGGAACGUGUCCAACAUAGGAAUAUUAAAGACCUUAAACUGGCCUUCAGCGAGUUCUACCUCAGUCUUAUCCUGCUGCAGAACUAUCAGAAUCUGAAUUUUACAGGGUUCCGAAAAAUCCUUAAAAAGCAUGACAAGAUCCUGGAAACAUCUCGUGGAGCAGAUUGGCGAGUGGCUCAUGUAGAAGUAGCCCCAUUUUAUACAUGCAAGAAAAUCAACCAGCUCAUCUCUGAAACUGAGGCUGUAGUGACCAAUGAACUUGAAGAUGGUGACAGACAAAAAGCUAUGAAGCGUUUACGUGUUCCCCCUUUGGGAGCUGCUCAGCCUGCACCAGCAUGGACUACUUUUAGAGUUGGCCUAUUUUGUGGAAUAUUCAUUGUAUUGAAUAUUACUCUUGUGCUUGCCGCUAUAUUUAAACUUGAAACAGAUAGAAAUAUAUGGCCCUUGAUAAGAAUCUAUCGGGGUGGCUUUCUUCUGAUUGAAUUCCUUUUUCUACUGGGCAUCAACACGUAUGGUUGGAGACAGGCUGGAGUAAAUCAUGUGCUCAUCUUUGAACUUAAUCCAAGAAGCAAUUUGUCUCAUCAGCAUCUCUUUGAGAUUGCUGGAUUCCUUGGGAUAUUGUGGUGCCUGAGCCUUCUGGCAUGCUUCUUUGCUCCAAUUAGUGUCAUCCCCACAUAUGUGUACCCACUUGCCCUUUAUGGAUUUAUGGUUUUCUUUCUCAUCAACCCCACCAAAACUUUCUAUUAUAAAUCCCGGUUUUGGCUGCUUAAACUUCUGUUCCGAGUGUUUACAGCCCCCUUCCAUAAGGUAGGCUUUGCUGAUUUCUGGCUGGCCGACCAGCUGAACAGCCUGUCCGUGAUACUAAUGGACUUGGAGUACAUGAUCUGCUUCUACAGCUUUGAGCUCAAAUGGGACGAAAGUGAGGGCCUGUUGCCAAAUGAGUCAGAAGAACCAGAAAUUUGCCACAAAUAUUCAUAUGGUGUGCGGGCUGUUGUUCAGUGCAUUCCUGCUUGGCUUCGCUUCAUCCAGUGCCUGCGCCGAUACCGAGACACAAAAAGAGCCUUUCCUCAUUUAGUUAAUGCUGGGAAAUACUCCACGACUUUCUUCACGGUGACGUUUGCAGCUCUUUACAGCACUCACAAAGAACGAAGUCACUCAGACACCACGGUGUUCUUUUAUCUAUGGAUCGUCUUUUGUUUCAUCAGUUCCUGUUAUACCCUCAUCUGGGAUCUGAAGAUGGACUGGGGUCUUUUUGAUAAGAAUGCAGGAGAAAACACCUUCCUCCGGGAAGAGAUUGUAUAUCCCCAAAAAGCCUACUAUUACAGUGCCAUCAUAGAGGACGUGAUCCUGCGCUUUGCUUGGACUAUCCAGAUCUCAAUUACCUCCAUGACUUUGUUGCCUCAUUCUGGGGACAUCAUUGCUACUGUCUUUGCUCCCCUUGAGGUUUUCCGGCGAUUUGUGUGGAACUUCUUCCGCCUGGAGAAUGAACAUCUGAAUAACUGUGGUGAAUUCCGUGCUGUGCGGGACAUCUCUGUGGCCCCUCUGAAUGCUGAUGAUCAGACGCUGCUAGAGCAGAUGAUGGACCAGGAAGAUGGGGUUCGGAACCGCCAGAAGAACCGGCCGUGGAAGUACAGUCAGAGCAUAUCCCUGCGCCGGCCUCGCCUCGCCUCUCAAUCCAAGGCUCGUGACACUAAGGUAUUGAUAGAAGACACAGAUGAUGAAGCUAACACUUGAAUCCUCUGAAGUCUAGAUUAACAUCCUUGGUUUUCCUACUCUACAAUUCUUUCCUCGACCAAUGCAACCUCUAGUACCUUUCCAGCCGAAAACAGGAGAAGACAUAUAACACAUUUUCCGAGCUCUUCCAGAUCGGAUCCUAUGGACUCCAAACAAGCUCACUGUGUUUCUUUUCUUUUCUUCUUGUUUAAUUUUCAUUUUCUAUUUUUAAAACAAAUAUUUACUUCAUCUUGCCAAUCAGAGGACAUUUUAAGGAACAAAAAUAUAGUAUCUUCUGGAUUGUUUACAAUCACAAGGAUACAGAUACCUAUCAGGAUGAAGAACAGGCAUUGCAAAGGACCCUCUGAUGGGACGGUACCGAGAUACCUCGGCUUCCGCUUGGCCCGGUUUUGACUGGUUGAAACCGGACAUUGAUUUUUAAAUUUUUUGUCAGUUUAUGUGGAGAAUCUUUUCCUUUCCUUCAUACCCAGCGCAAAAGCACUGGCCGCACUUGCAGGGAAAGUGCAACUUAGAGCAGUACCUUCAUUCACGAAGCUACUUUUUAAUUUGAUGUAACUUUUCUUAUUUUGGGGAGGGUUGCUGGGUGGGUGGGAAAGAUGAUGUAUUUGUUACAUAUGGUUUUCUCAUUAUUUAUGAAACUUAACCAUAAAAGAAUGAUAUAACUCCUGUACAAUGAAGGUGAUAACAGUGAAGACAGGGGAAACUAAUGUUGGACAGCAUUUGAGGGUUUAGUCCACAAUACCUCUUUCAUGAGACGACUUGUACCUGUUUGACUUUUCCUUCCUUUCUUUUUAAUUUUAAGCCAAAGUUUUAUUACUGAUGUUUUAAGUUGCUGCUGCUUCUGAAUCCUGAGCGUGUCUCCUGCAACAAAGCCUUCACACACGUCCACACGACCAGUUGAAAUUUAUUGAAGAGGUCUGAUACAUUUUUAUAAGGAACAGAUGUGGAAUACAUUUGCCCAUAUUCCAACCGUAACUGAAGUUACGCCUUAUUAAGCUUCAACAUGUAGGGUAAUUGAAGUACAGUCUUUACCAACUUGGGAUUAGAAGGCACAGUUAUUUCAUAGACUCUCUACACCCUCAUUGGAUAGUUUUUCUUCUGGGCCCACUUACUUUAGCCAGGAGUUGAUCAAAUUAAAAGUCUGUCUUGGGGAAACCGUGCUUUUGAGAGCAUAGAACAAGUUAUCUUUCCUCUCUCACUUGACAGCGAUGAAACAGAGAUUGGCAGCCGCUUCUCCCAGCAGUUUUAAAGGAUGAACAUUAGAUUUCACGCCCUCCUGUGACGGAAAAACUGCUUUUACAAUUUGGGGGGCCUAAGCUUGGUUAUACACAAAAAGCAUAUUUCUUAGAAAUUUCAGACUAUAAUGGUCUGUACACAAUGCUCAUUUUCACUUUUGUCUAAUUUCUUUCCUAAGUCAUCAGAUAAGCCCAAAAACCCUAAAGGAUUUUUCUCCCUUGAAUGUGAUUGGCAUUAAAUUUAGCAUUAUCAUUUACUUAGUAUUAAAAGCAUAUAAUUACUGCCCUUUGGUAUACCCUUUUGUUAUUAGCUCUUAUGCCAUGCAUCACAAGUCUUCACUCAUCCCUGUCAUGAUUCCAGGAGAUUAAUUAAAAUUCCUGUUACUACCAAAAUUUUACCAAUUAACUAACAUUUUCUUUUUAAAGGAAUUUUUUCAUCUUUAUUCUGUCAAGCUUCCAAAAUUUGGUCCCCCUCUGAAUUGAGACUUUUUUUUUUCUGAAAAAUCACAAAUCUCUGUGGUCUUUACUGCUUUGUUUGUCUUGCCAAGCAUAUUCCUUGGCCCACAACUGAUGAAGAGAAAUUUAAUUUUUUUUUUUAAGUUUAAAUAAAAUGGAUCAUUUCUAAUAAUCAGUGGUAACAAUUUAGUGACCCUUAAUAGAUUAAAGGUUGCAUUAUUUAUACUUGGAAUUUUUUUUCCUAACUAUUCUGGGUUUGUACAUUAAAACUGUGAGGGAAAUAUCACUGGUCUGUCCAGAAGGAGCAGUAAUUAUUACUGAGUUAUAUAGAAAAGUCCAGUGGACCAGUCAUUUCUUGUACAAAUAAAAUUGGUGGUACUAAUGUGUAUCCAGAGCAAUUUGACUUGUCAGCUUCAUUCUCUGUUAGUAAACCUAUAUAAUGACACACGUAAAAUCUUACAGUUGACUUCUGGUAUUUUAAUUCCCCAGUGUUUUUACUUUAGUGUAUCCUAUGGCCAGUUUGGUCUUUUUUCAACUAUAAUGAUUCUCAACCCUGAUCAGUAUUAUUUUUUCAUAGAUAAUGCAUUGUUUGAAUAUAUUCUUUUUCUGCUGUUGGUCCUAUCAGAAUAGUUUGUUCGGGAAUGAUAAGGCUUAGGUAACAUUCAGCUUACUUUGACAGAUGCUUAAACAUGUUUUUAAAUACAACAGCUUUAUGUUCCUCCUGAAGCUGUAAAGAGAAAAGAAGGCUUUUCCUCAUCAAGAGGAAACAGUUUGAAAGAUAGAAUUUAUAAUUUUUUCCUCCAGAAAAGGCAAUGUGCAUUUUUGUCACCUAACUUUUGUAUGCUGUAGUUGUGAAUGCUGUGUCCUACCUAAAACUUUACUGAAGCGUUUUGUACACUGAAACUCUCAGUAGAACUCCUAGGAAAUGAACAUCACAGAGUUAUUUUAAAGGAGCAGCAAUCUAACCAAAGGAAAAACUUCACCUGAUUUUAGGUUUAGGAAGUCUAGUUUUAUUUUAUUUGAGAAUCACUCAAUUGAUGGUAUCAGUUAAAAUACCCCCAAAUGAAUGAAAAAGAAGUAUUUUUAAAAGAGGAUAAAAUUUCUUUUUCAUUUUGUGAUAAUAUGGAAAGCAUUGAUGUGUGUAGAGAAAGUAAAAGCCAAAAGUAGCUUAUUUUCUAUGCACAGAUAUGCUCCUCUAAUUAAGGCUGCCUACACCAUUAAAAUGGAGUAAUUGAGGACUUCAUACCAUACAGAGAGACAGUAAAAUGAUCACACAUUGUCAUCAUUAAUUAGGUUAUAAUAGUUAUUUUUAAGAUUGGAAAGAGGUUGGAAACAUGUGCAACUUUCUUUUUCCGCAUCAGCCCUUUUUCUCCUUAGAAAAGCUGCUUCAUUUCAGAUACAGAAGCAGUGUUGUGGGAGGAGAAUGCCAGUUACCCCAGCAGUAGCAUGUGUGAACCCUUAGAGAAGGAAAAUGGAGCCCAGCCCCUCGGAUUUGUGACAUCCCAGUAUCCCAACAUGUAGUUUGAAGAUUUUAACUGAGAUUUCAUUAGAAGUAACUUGUUGGUAUAUGGUAUCCUUCUACCAUGGUUGACCAAAGUAUAUUCAUGAUAACUAGAGAAAGCAGUUCAUGCUUUCUUAAUUAAGGCAAGUUAAGAAUAAGAGAAAAUAGCCUAUUAUUGAGUGUACAGGCAUUGAUUAACAGACAUUUAGUUGAAGAGAAAUAAGGUAAUUGUGGAGGUAGCAGAGAAGAGCAAGAGGAAGCUGGAGCUUGGCAGCAGAACCGGGCAGUGAGGAAAGUGGAUGAGCUUGAUCACAUGGAGGUGAUGCUGCCCUUUGCAGUCUUUGCUUUGGGUGGUUAUACUGCUGGUAGCCACCUGCCUGUUUGGCUACCCUCUUUCUCCACUACUUUCCUUUACUCGGGAAAUAGUUCUUUAUGCCCAAAUGCAAUUUUCUUAGCAAUGACUAGAAAAAAUUUUUAAGGAAAGUAAUUUAGAAAAUAACUAUCCAUGGUGUUAUUUUAUUCAAAUAUUUAGGAUUCUCUGAUGUGAUUGCACUUUAUUUGGUAAAUGAAUUUCAGAUUAUUUUCUGUAAUAGUUUGCAUGAAAUUUUUUAACUCUUAAGAAACAAGAGCUGUACAGCAUAUUGAAAUUUUAAAAAUUAAAGUGGCUUCUCAGAUUGAAAAAAGUUACAUUGAAUCUAAGGCUUUCUCAACUACAAAAUCACCGAACUUUUAACACAUCUAAUUUUUAAAGCCAGUAAUAGAUAUGAUCUAUGUCACUGAGUUAAGACAAUAAAAGUUCUAGUAGAGCUUCAGGAAAAGUUAAGAGAAGUAAAUCAAAAUUUUGAGCUUAAUUCAUUCCUUUUUAUGAUGCAUCUGGCUUAUUUCUUGCUUUUGAUGUUUAGCUGAAGCAAGGAAAGGUUAAAGAGAUUUUACAAAUUGCUUAAACACAUAAAUUUCUGCAUUUCAGGUGUCAGUCUUGAUAGCAAAUCUUAAAAGCUAACUUUCUGCGUUAUAUUUUCAGUCUAUACAAUGUCAGCACAGUGGUAAUGUGGGCUAGAGUUUAUCAUAUUAGAUUGUAAGAAAUUUGUGCUGAUUAACACUACAAACCAGUAAUUUACCCAGCGUUAAUCCACACCACUCACCAAAUAUGAAGAUGUCAAAGAAGUUCGGAGCUUAAUUUAAAUGAUAUGAGAAAUUUGCCUGGGAAUUGAGAGGAGCCUGCUGAUGCGAAUGGUUCAUCAUGCCUUUCUAAUAUGAAUUGGCAAAACUGUGAUAUUGAGUUGCCCCUUAAAAACAACCUUCCAAAAUGUAUUUGCUUGCUUACUAUGGAGUAUGGUGGUUAUCACAUUGGCCUAACCCUUUCAACACACUUAACUACAGAAGAGGAAGUCAGAGGGACAAGAUGAGUUUCCCUGAAGAGAAACAAAUUAUACUGCUUUUCAUCUAAAGGAUGUUUCCUUAUAGCAGACCUUUAGCUUAUUUUAUUAUUAAAGCUACCUUCAGUUUUUUUGUUUGUUUUGUUUUAUGCCAUCAACCUAAGGAGGACAAUCAAAUAACCAACUGUUUGCCUUGGAUCCAGUGUGUCUGCUAAUUACACCAUCUCAUCUUAUAUACCAUCAGACCAGUUACUUGAGUAAACGUCCACCAUAUUACCUUAGUUCUUCCUAUGCCCUUUCCUCUGAACCACCAGAAAACAGAGGGAAGACUUAACUAUCAGAAAGAUGUGAACUUCUAAGAAAGAGAAAGGAUUUCAUCUCACUCUCCUUUUAUCAUUAUCUCUGAAGUCCCUCCCUACAAUUCCCUGAUGGUCCAUGCUGCAACACCAGCAUGGUGGAAAUAGGAGAAAGAUUGUGGGGAAUCCCGAAAGAGUAGCUGAUUGUGGCAUUGUUAUUCUUUUGAACUAUGCAGUUGUGAGCCACUCACACUUGCAGAAAGAGCAGAACUCUUAAGCUUUAUCACAUUGUGAAGAUUAAUAUCUUACCGUUUUCCAGAUUAGCACAGAAGCUUGUAUCAGUGAAGAGUAUUUAGGAGGGCAAUAGGGUGUAAAAUGUACCUGUCUUUUUGAACCUUCUCCCUCUUACUCAUGUUUCCUUCACCCCACCCCACCCCGCCACAUUGUGUUGGUCAGGUGAUACUAUUCUAUGAAACUGAGCUAUAGUUGUCAAAAGUAACCAUGGAAUGUGAUUAGUCCUCUGUGGGUGCUUCUUUCCCUCCUUUCUCUCCCUUGAUUUCUUUCUUACUCCCUCCACUCUGGUAAAUGGAAAAGGUGAUGUCAAAGAAUUGAUGCUUGCUUGGACUCAUGUUGUAUCUGUGACUAUGCUAUUAACUGUCUCCUUUUUCCUUCUUACAUGGGUAGAAUUCUUAUGAAGUGUGGCGUUCCCUUCUUGAAAGUAGGUUUAAUGCACAAUGUGGUACUGUUUUAUAGUUUCUAGAUGGUUGUAUAAAGCAAAAAGUUAAUGUGGUUACGUGUUUUUAAAAGAAAAUAAGUGAUUGGUUAAAAAAAAACUGUUCUUUUUUCAUUAUUACAAGCUUUCUCUGUUUUCCAACAGUUUACUGA